GAAAAGGCAAAAGGCUGAAUUGACAGUAUCGAUUCCUUGAUCAGGCUUUACCUCACCGAUAGUCAUAGUCGGCAGCUUCACCUGAUCACGUGGCUGUGGUUAGCCGGUUGUGGGCCCCCUUUCUCCGGAAAAUCGUCAACAAAACCGACCUACAUUUCCUUAUCCUGCACCUUCCCGCACCUGAUUUAAGCCCCUUCGACUCUCCAACUCCAAGUGAGUGUGACCUGAGGAGAGAGAACACUCACUCCAAAGGGCAAAAAUGGAAGGAAGAAAAGUCAGUGUUGCUGCUCUCCAGUUCGCUUGCUCCGAUGACAUCUCUUCUAAUCUUGCCACCGCUGAAAGGCUUGUGAGAGCUGCUCAUAAGAAGGGCGCAAACAUUAUCCUCAUCCAGGAACUUUUUGAAGGGUAUUACUUUUGUCAAGCCCAGAAGGAAGAUUUCUUCCAGAGAGCCAAACCGUAUAAGGGCCAUCCAGCAAUUGUUAGGUUGCAGAAACUAGCAAAAGAGCUGGGGGUAGUGAUACCAGUUAGUUUUUUUGAAGAGGCAAAUAAUGCUCAUUACAAUUCAGUGGCAAUCAUUGAUGCUGAUGGGACUGAUCUAGGACUUUAUCGCAAGUCUCAUAUACCAGAUGGGCCAGGUUAUGAGGAGAAAUUCUAUUUCAACCCUGGUGAUACUGGCUUCAAGGCAUUCCAAACUAAAUUUGCCAAAAUUGGAGUUGGAAUCUGUUGGGAUCAGUGGUUUCCUGAGGCAGCCCGUGCAAUGGUACUUCAAGGUGCAGAGAUAUUGUUUUACCCCACAGCAAUUGGUUCUGAACCCCAAGAUGAUGGACUUGAUUCUCGUGAUCACUGGAAGCGAGUGAUGCAGGGACAUGCUGGGGCUAAUUUGGUACCAUUAGUAGCUUCUAAUCGCAUUGGAAAGGAAACAAUUGAGACUGAGCAUGGUAGAAGUGAGAUCACCUUUUAUGGGAACUCCUUCAUAGCUGGUCCCACUGGAGAGAUUGUUGCUACUGCUGAUGACAAAGAGGAAGCAGUCCUUGUUGCUCAGUUUGAUUUGGAGAAAUUAAAGUACAAAAGAUGUAGCUGGGGAGUAUUUCGUGAUCGUCGUCCAGAGUUGUACAAGGUGCUCCUUACAUUGGAUGGUGGCAAUACUUAUUCAUGACUUUCCUUUUUUUAAAAACAAGUUUCUUUUUCCUUCGCCCAUUCGAAAUAGGCGGGUAGUAUUUACAGACUCUUAAACGUUCCAUAAGUGACAUCAUGUGAUAAACAUAAAGAUGAUACUUUAACUCUUUAAGGGGUUUCCUUAAUUAAUAAAUUAUCAUUCUUGAGCAAUUUUCACA